AUGGACCCGAACAUGAUGGCCUCGCAGAUGAUGGGACCUGCGCCCUUCUUCUACUAUAACCCGGACCCGAGUCCGGAAAAUCGACAGCACGGCCACUUCAGCCAGCAGCCAGCUCUCCAGCAGAUGCAAAUGUACCCCGUUGUGCCCACACUGCCCUCGACUCCAGUCUACUCGCGACCGAGCUCCUCAUGCUCGCAGCCCCAGGUGGCAGCCAAGAUGUUCAACGUGGUCCCUUCGAACCUGACCCCGAUGGCCUCGCCCCAGAUGGCCUCUCGAAAGCCAACCAUCAUGCUACAGAAUGGUGCCGCAAAGCUCAUGCUCGAGACGGACAUGUACGACAGCGACAACGCAUACUACCCGGCCACACCAGCUCUGUCCACUUCCGGCAGCAAUGUUGGAAGCCCCGGCAGCAGUGACAUUCUGGCGACUCCUCUGAACCCCAUGUUCUCUGGCCUGGACGGGUACGAGAGCGUCAAACCCGACGUGGACGUGAUCCCCGAGGGAAUUGAGGGUCUGGACUGGUCAAACUGCGGAUCGCCUCCGUUGACACCUGUCUACCUCUCCCAACCCGGACCAAGCUCAGUCACAUCCGAGUGCAUCAACCCUCGCGACAUCCUCAGCGUCAACGGUGCCGGCGCCACCGAGUUCACCGCCCCCGCCGUCAUUGAAGAGUUCAAGGGUGACGCGCUGAGGCCAACCGCGCUGGCCUCGUUCGAGUUCCACCCCGAGCUUCAUCACGGCCUGCCGUCCUUUGACGAGUUUUCCGAUCUGGAAUCCGAGGAGGAUUUCCUGAACGGCAUUGUUGACCUCCGAGAGAAGCCUGCAGGUGACCUGAAGCGAUCCCGCUCAGCCACCUGCUCAACCACUCUGUCUUCCUUCCUCGGCGAGGGUGAGAUUGACUACGAGGACACCACCUCGGUUGCUGUGACUGGCCUGGCCACCCCCGAAAGUGCUCCGUCGGAUCACCGCCCAGCCAAGAAGGUCAAGUCAACGAAGGAAUCAGACAUGCCCACCAUGAACGUCGCGGCCGAUUCCAACGACGCCGGUAACAGCGCUCAGCAACCCACCCCCCAGGAACAGCCCUCCGAGACAAACAACACCGAGGCCUCGUCAAGCGCACGAGACGCAUCUGCUCCUCCCCCCUUGCCCGCGCCCGCUAACCGCCGCGGCCGGAAGCAGUCCUUGACAGAGGACCCCACCAAGCAGUUCAACUGCGACCUGUGCAACCGCCGCUUCCGCCGCCAGGAACACCUCAAGAGACACCACCGAUCUCUCCACACUCAGGACAAGCCUUUCGAGUGCAAUGAGUGCGGCAAGAAGUUCUCAAGAAGCGACAACCUCGCUCAGCACGCCAGAACACAUGGCAGUGGGGCUAUUGUCAUGAACCUCAUCGAUGAUGGGGAGAGUGGCCUUGACCUCAUGCCGCAGAGCGACGCCGACUUCCAAAACUUCGGCAAGGUCCUCUUUCAAGUCGCUAGCGAGGUCCCGGGCAGCAGCGGCAGCGAGCUUUCUUCAGAUGAGUCCAGUGAUGGUCUUGGCAAGAAGCGCAAGAGAUCCGCAUAG